AUGUAUCCUAUUCAACCUUUACCUCCUCUUGUUGAUGUCCCUUAUGGUGGUGGACCAGGUUUAGGUACUCGCUAUGCCAUUCUGGCAUUGUUCACUUCGACACGUGUAGCGUUACUUAAUGAACUCGUUGAAGCUAUAAUUGGACAACGCGGUACAAAAAUUCAACAAAUACGUCAAAUAACAAAUGCAAAUAAAAUUAUUGAUGAUCAAGCAAUUCCUAGUGGUAAUGGUGGUGGUGAUAGAAUAAUAAUAAUUGAGGGAACACCAGAACACAUUAGUCGUGCACAAGCACUUCGUCAACAAGCUGUUUGUCAAUAUGGUCUUUGGCGACCAUAA